CCUAGCUUUCGAGCUGCCAACCAAACCGAUACCACUGCCGACUAGCCGACGCACAUCAUGCAGGGCAGUGCCGAGCUUUACGAAACGUUGUUCCCCGAGGCAUACGUGUCCAAGUGUUUGGAGUCGGGUGUCCGCCCAGAUGCGCGGAAACUGCUGCAAUCGCGCCCUGUGAGCAUCAACUGGACACAAUCUGGAGAAUGUUUAGUCAAGUUGGGCGCUUCAUGUGCAUUGGCCAGUGUCAAGCUGGCUGUGGGCACACCGGCGCUUGCCACCCCGGACCAAGGCGAAAUUGACUUGCAAGUAUUGUUUCCUGGGGUUUGUGCCAGCAAAUUCUCCACCCAGCGGACGACGGACGAAGCGCAAAGCCUGAGCAGCUACCUCACACGCGUCUUACUCAGCUCCAAGUGCAUCGAUCUGAGAGAUUGUUCCAUCGAGCGAGGAAAAGCCGCGUGGAAACUUCUGGUGGAAGUCACGUUCCUCGACCACGACGGCAAUGCCGUCGACACAGCACUGCUCGCGGUCAUGUCCGUCCUGUCCAAGCUGACCAUUCCGGCCAUCUCUAUCUCUCCCGACUCGAUCGUGUCCUUGGCGCCAGAUCAAUCGGCCAAGGCGCAGUUCCCCUUGCAUGAAACUCUACUCAGCACCACGUUUGGCCAAUACCAGUCCCAUGUGAUGGUGGACCCCACCGCCCGUGAAGAAGAAGUGCUGGCGUCAUCGUUUACAGUGCUGGUUACCAAAGCGGGGGCUUUUGCGGGGGUGUACAAAGCCGGCGGGCAGCCGUUGGCUGCGGCGACGCUGCAAAGCUGCAUUCACGUCGCCAAGGAACGCUCGGUGGCGAUUGUUAAACUGAUGGAAUAGACAUGCGAUACAGUACAAAGAGUCUAUCCCACUCAAGCAUCGAGACACAUUGCUUCGAGGCUACAAGCGUCAUAUACUAGUACUUCUACACGAAACACUGCACAAUGCGACGGCCGUUGUUU